CCCCAUUAUCCUAUAACAACUGGUAUAAGUUCAGCAUCAUACACGAAGCCCCUGGUGAUCUGCGACGGUGUUUGUUGCUUAUGCUGGUCCAAAAAGUCCAACAAACAUGCCACGCCACAAGCGGCAAGACAGCGACCUUGAUAUGCAGGCGCCUUGGAUAAACACAGUCAACUUAACGUCAACUGACCAGCCUAUAUUUUCCCCCAACGCUACCACCGUCAGCUCGUCCGGGCUUACCCGAACCGGCAAAGCAAAUGAACAGCAGCGUAUCGCUGUCAGCAGGGAGAGCAGCAUGCCGGCUUCGAGCGCUAGCUUGCCACCUGCACCAGGCAGCGAUGAGGGUCCAACCACGUUGGAGGCAAUCAUGCGCUUCCGCGGUACUCGCGUUAAAGUAAAGGUCACGGCCACGCACGUUUCCUGGAAGCCGCUCAAUCCGGUUGGUUGCUGUGUUGACAGGCGCUCCCUUAUCAUUCGUGUUCCUUUCGACGAGAUUCUUUCAGCAGCGCUGUCCAAAUCGACAGGAUGCUGUCGCCCACGGGAGAACUCCUUUGCCGUCUAUACCUUCUCCCGCCAGGGCCCCAGCGCGCCCAACACCUGGCGCGCUGAGGAGUAUGUGCUCAGCGGCGGCUCAGCGGAGCAGGUCAAGGAGUGGGUGGCGGCGAUCAACGGCAGGGUACAGCUCAUACGGGACAGGCCGCGCAGCCUGCUGGUCUUCAUCAACCCCUACGCGGGCGCCCGCCGGGCCCGCCACAUCUGGGAGCGGGAGGUGCUGCCGGUCUUCCAGCGCGCGCGCAUCCAGGUGCACGCGGUGGACACGACCAAGCAGGACCACGCUCGUGAGCACGUGGAGUACAUGAAGGCCGAGGAGCUGGCGGCGUUCCAGGGUGUGGUGGCGGUGGGCGGCGACGGGCUGUUCCAGGAGGUGGUGAGCGGGCUGCUGGCGAGGAGGGCGCGGGGCGACUCGGCGGCGUGGCGCAUCCGAGUGGGACACAUCCCAGCGGGCAGCACGGAUGCGGUGGCGUACACCCUGCACGGCUCCCGCAGCGCCACCACCGCCGCCCUGCAUAUCGCCCUGGGGGACCGCAUGUCACUAGACGCGGGCCGCAUCGAGACCCACGGGUCGCCAGGCGGCGCAGCAGCCGGCGGCGGCGGAGGCGGCGGUGGAAGAGGUACCCCAGGCGGCGUGAGCCCUCAACGGCAUUUCGUUUGCAUGGCCAGCUACGGCUUCAUGGGGGAUGUGAUGCGCGUCAGCGAGCAGCUGAGGUGCCUGGGACCUGGCAGGUACGACGUCACGGGCGCGCUGCAGUACCUCCGACUGGCCAGCUACCGGGUAGCUGUGUCGUACCGUGAGGCUCACUCCACCACGUCAGACGUACAGCAACUCUGUACGGCACAGUGCCAGGUCUGCCGCAUGGCAGGUAUCGCCAUUGACAACGCCGGCACUGCCUUUGCUCGUCCAAGUGUCGCCGCAGUCGCCGCAGUAGCGCCUCCCAGCGCUAACCCUGCCGGCAUCGCCUCCGCAACCGCCUCCCCUGCUGUUCCCUCGAUUGCAAUUCCGAACAGCAACCCUGGAAGCACCGUGGCAACGCCUCGAGGUGGCGCUGGCGGCGGCGGCGGCGGCAGUCCCGUUGGAGCGAGCGCGACACCCUCCUCCAUCGCCACGCAUCGCUACCACUUCCCUGCGUCCACAACGGCCGCCGCUGGGGCCUCCUUCCCCGUCUCCACCGCGUCCUCCUGCUCUAGCGGCAGCGCCGCCGUUGACUCCACGCCUGUCACGGCGCUACCCGCCACACCCGCUUCCUCCGCCGCUGCUGCUGGUGCGGCGCCCGCAGCAGCAGGCACCGGCAUCGACGGAAGCCCCGGCUGCUUCUUCCGUACCUCUAGCCCCUCCAGACAAGCCUCCAGCCUGCCACAAAAUCAACAGCAACAACAGUCGCCGGAGAAGAUUGCAACGCAGUCACAACCAGCUGUUGGCGGCGCCGCCAAUGGCGCCGCCGCAAGCAGAGCUUCAAGCAUGAAGGCGGAACCCGGCGGCGGCGGUGGCAGGCCAGCGGCGCCGUUGCCCUCAGGGGCAGCUGCGGCGGCGAGUGGCGGGAGCGGCGAGGAGGGUUGGACUCGCGUGGAGGGGGAGUUUGUGUCGAUUAUGUGCGUCAUAACCCCGUGCAGGAGUGACAAAAGCAAGCGGGGUGUCAUCCCCAACGGCCACCUCUCCGACGGGCGCAUGUACCUGGUGCUGGUCUCCCGCUGCUCGCACCUCGCCUUCCUGCGCUUCCUCAUCCGCAUGGCCACACGCGGACUCACGGACCGCUGCCUGCCCUUCGUGAGGGUCAUACCGGUCACCGGGGUGCGAGUGAGCCCGCAACCCGGGGGACACACGUUGGGCGGCUGCCUAUUCGACGCCGCGGCGCCGGAGAGCAACUGGAACGUGGACGGAGAGUUGCUGUACGACAACCACGUGGCCAUCAAUGUCGUACGGGGCGCGGUGGAGGUGUUUGCGCGCGGCGUGGAGACACAUCACGGCGGCGGCAGCAGCAGCUCGUGCGUCCCCAUCAUUCGCGCCAACACCGGCAGCAGCGUCGGUGGCAAUGGCGGCGGUAGCGGCGGGGCGGUAGCCUGAGGGGACAUACGAUAUGGUGACCAGCUCGCAGCGGUUGGGUGCCAGCGCCACUCGGCGGAUGGGCGCGGAGCGUAUGGACUACUGGUGUGUUGAUUACAGCGGCGGCCUGAAUAAAGUACAACUGCUGUGAGCCUGCAAGAAUUGCCAAACCGUUUAGUGUAAUGAGCAUGGUGUGUGCGCGCGGGGGCAGUUGAGGGAGUUAGCUCGGGCUGCAUGUGUGUUCAUUUGCAAGGCUGCAACGAGGGCUGGGACCGUUUGUGUGUGAGGAAUUAGCAUGGCGAAUGCCUUGUUACCAUGGCGGCGGAUGCGGGAUGAGGGUCCUUAGGUAGGCCUCUGGGAAUCGUGAUGCUGCCAACGUUGUUUUGCAAACCCAACCAUAUCCCGUGUAUAACACUUUUGCCAUGUUGCCUGCCUUUAGCCGACUGCAGCUGCAACCUUCAUAAACUCGCCCAAGGCAACUCGGUGUUGCUCGAUAUCCGUUUUUACGGUUAGUCACAUUGAAUGUGCUGUUAACGUUGACGUUUGCUCAAACAUCUCGUAAGCUGCGGGGGUGUUGUACGGCCCUGAUGUCGCCGGAACUUGUGUUGGUGUCUCUUAAGUGCUGUGCAGGUUGUGUAUAGCCGCUUGUGGCAAUUGCAAAGAGUGGAAGGGAAGGGAUGUGGAGGGGCCCUCGUCGGCAUCCAUGCGGGAAAUGUAUCUUUGAAGGUGGCGUAAAAGACCGGUACUGGGUCAACUAGCAGCUGCUGUGAACGUUACGUCUUUGCAUGGAAAUAGCAAAACGGUAAAUGACACGCAGGCGGCUUCUGUACAUUCAGUGAUAUGUUAAGUGUUUUGUUGCUUUGCUUUACACGUGUAUGCGAGGUGAUUGUAUGUCACGCUGCUUGGCUCUAAUUCCGGCACGCAUACUGGAAUGGCUCGUCCAUGUUGUACGCAGGAGAAGUUGCUCUAGUCGUAUUUCCUACACGUAGGACCCUCGUGACGCGUCUCAAGCAAGCGUAGAGUAUGUCGGGAGGGCUAAUGUUGUUCAGGUCAGGUUCAGGUUCACGAUGUUAACAGUUGUUGGCCACUUCAUUGUAAGCGGUACUAUGACAAUCGACAUCUGUCGCAUGAAUGAAGUUCUUUUUAUACUCAAGAGGAGACAGAUCGG